GCUGUUCGGACGGUGGCCUUGGUGAGGACGUUACGCGAAAUGCGGAAGUAUGUGUAAGGGAACACACGUGAGAAGUGUGUGUGUGUUGUGUGUCGCUGUUUAUUAAAGAUGAAGCGAACAAAAAGAGAAAGUGAAGAGGGUUUCGAUGUGGAUCAGGACGUUUUAGAUCGGAUACUGAACAAGCUGUACGAUUUGGGAGAUGAAGCAGGUGACAAAAGAUCAAAGAAAAAGCACAAUAAAAGGAGACGGUCGAAGCAGGAGGAAGAAGAGGGGGACGUGACGGCGGAGGAAGACAACGUAGAGAAGCUCGACCGUGAAAAGGACGACGCAAACGUGAGUCACGUGACCGAAGCCGCCGGCGACGAAACCCCUGCGUCGACGUCGUCCGACUCCAGGGGUCUAGAACGGAAAGCAUCGGACGUGGAGAUCGUUAUAUUUCAGGAUCCACGGAAGAAGAACAAAUUAAAACGAGCUCCUGAGACAGAAACUAAACCAGCUGAAGUAAAGGAGAAGAAGAAAAAGGAGCCUGAUGUUCUAACCAUGGAAAAGGCUCGGCUGGACGUCCACCGCUUCGGUAUAACAGGAUUCCAGAAGCAAGAGCAGAGAGUUUUCGAGCAGGACCGAGCCAUCAUGCUGGGAGCCAGGCCUCCGAAGAAGAACUACAUCAAUUAUAAAGCGUUUCAGCAAACGAUAAAGGAGAAGAAGUUGAAAGAAAAGGAGGAGGAGGCCAAGGCUGACACACAGAAAAAGAAGAAGAAAUCAUCUGGAAAGCAAAAGAACGUGAAACAGCAGUCCGGUUCCUCCGGAGCACAAGCGAUCGGACACGUGGGCCGCUUUAAGGACGGCAUGUUGGUGCUGAGCUCCAAGGACAUUCAGAAGCUAAACAGCAAAGUGAAAGUGAGAGUGAGAAAGUGAGAGAGAGAGAGUGAGAGAGAGAGUGAGAGAGAGAGAGAGAGAGAGAAUGAGUGUGUGUGAGAGAGAGAGAGAGAAUGAGUGUGUGUGUGAGAGAGAGAGGCAGAGAGAACAAGCAUGUGAGAGAGAGGGAGAGAGAGAAUGAGUGUGUGUGUGAGAGAAAGAGAGAGAGAACAUGAACAUGUGAGAGAGAGAAAGUGUGUGUGUGUGUGAGAGAGAGAGAGACAGAGAACAAGCGUGUGUGAGAGAGAGCAUGAGUGACAGAUUGAGAGAGAGAGCGAGAGAGAGAAUGAGUGACAGAUUGAGAGAGAGAGAAUGAGCGAGUGAGUAAGAGAGAGAGAGAGAAAUUUUGCUGCUUAAUCAGGAUUCCACCCAAAUCUCCACCACUGCGACCUUCACCUGUCACUGAAGUCCAUGCAGAGCAGUGCAUUCUGGGUAAAAGUGAAGAAAUGUUGUAAUAGAAAUCCACUGAUCCUUUUUGUUGUCGUAUUAAAAUAUUGACCAUAUAAUUA